AUGGCAGCAUCUGACUACGAAGUGCUAUCCGUGCGAGAGCAGCUAGUCCACGAGAGGGUCCGCGAGUGCAUUAUCUCAACACUUCUGUUUGCGACACUCUACAUCCUCUGCCACAUCGUCCUGACCCGCUUCAAGAAGCCUGCCGAGUCCACCACAUGGCUCAAUGGUUCCCUCAUCCAUGGCCUCUGGAACCUCGUUUUCCUCUUCUCCGACUUGUCCCUCAUCUUCCGCAUGCCCUCUGCAUACUUCCUCACUGAGUCUGAGGGCUUUGCUGGCUCCAGAAAGGGUGUCCUGGCCCGGGUCUACGAGACGGUGGUGAUGCCGAUGCUUCUCACUCUGCUGGUCCUGGGCGUGGUGUGGGUGGCGGCAGCCAUCGUGGGCACCAAGGCCAGCAGGGAGUCUCUCUAUGACUUCUGGGAGUACUGCCUCCCCUACCUCUAUUCCUGCAUCUCCUUCCUCGGGGUCCUGCUGCUCCUGGUGGGUACUCCGCUAGGUCUCGCCCGCAUGUUCUCGGUCACUGGGAAGCUGCUGGUCAAGCCCCGGCUACUGGAGGACCUGGAGGAGCAGCUGCACUGCUCAGCCUUUGAGGAGGCAGCUUUGACUUGCAGGAUUUGCAGUCCCACCUCCUGCUGGCCUCCCUUGGACAUGGAAUUGCUGCACAGACAGGUCCUAGCUCUGCAGACACAGAGGGUCCUGCUGGAGAAGCGGCAGAACGCUUCAGCCUGGCAGUGGAGCCUGGGCUACCCCCUGGCCAUGCUGUGCUUGCUGAUACUGAUGGGCCUGUCUGUGCUCACUGUGGCCAUCCACAUGCUGGAGCUGCUCAUCGAUGAGGCUGCCAUGCCCCGGGGCAUGCAGGGUGCCUCCCUGGGCCAGGUCUCCUUCUCCAAGCUGGGCUCCUUUGGUGCCAUCAUUCAGAUCGUACUCAUCUUUUACCUGAUGGUAUCCUCGGUUGUAGGAUUCUACAGCUCUCCACCCUUCCAGGGACUGCGGCCCAGGUGGCGUGAUACAGCCAUGACGCAGAUAAUUGGGAACUGUGUCUGUUUUCUGGUCCUAAGCUCAGCACUUCCUGUCUUCUCUCGAACCCUGGGGCUCACUCGCUUUGACCUUCUGGGUGACUUCGGACGGUUCAACUGGCUGGGCAAUUUCUACAUCGUGUUCCUCUACAAUGCAGUCUUCGAGGGCCUCACCACCCUCUGUUUGGUGAAGACCUUCACCGCAGCUGUGCGGGUAGAGCUGAUCCAGGCCUUUGGGCUGGACAGACUGCCAUUGCCGGUCUCCGGUUUCCCCCGGGCAUCCAGGAAGACCCAGCACCGGUGA